CAGAGACACGUAGCGGUGUGGCGAGAGACAGAGGGCCCGCGCUACAGACUUCGUGCUGCACACAAAAGACGCUGAGGAAAGAUGCUGGGAGUUGCUGCCAGGCGCGUGGCGGGAGCGGCUAGGCCGGCGCUCCGAACAGCGAGGUGUUUUUCCACAGCCGAGGCGCCCGCAGUGAUGAAGCUCAACUUUUGCCUGCCGCACGAGACCAUCUACAAGGACAAGGAUGUCGACCAGGUGAUCAUCCCGGGAAGCGCGGGCGAGUACGGUGUUACCGCCGGCCACUCUCCCAUCGUCGCGGAGUUGAAGCCCGGCGUGGUUCAGGUUGUGCACGAGGCGGGGCAGGAGCCGGAGAACUUUUUCGUGUCCGCUGGGUUUGCUCUGACCCACCCCACCUCCGUCACGGACAUCACUGCUAUCGAGGCAGUCAGGGUAGAAGAAAUCGAUGAGGGGGCGGUGAAGUCUUCGUACGAUGCCGCGAAACGCGAAAUGGACGCGGCAACCGAGGGGUCUCGCGAGGCGGCCGAGGCGCAGGUGGCCGUAGAGACCACCAAGGCUAUGGCGGCGGCCAUCGGUGUCGUGCUCGCCAGCUAA